AGCAACCAGACGUGUCGCUUGGUCAGUUCAUCCAGAAUGGACUCGUGGGCAGUUGGGCACGGGCAUGAUCCUCGUGCACCGCGCACAGCGUAACCAAUCCGGCGAUAACACCACGCGUACGCUGUGGCCGCGCACAGCCUGGACGGCGAGCCAGCGGCAACGGCGGGAUUCGUCAAAAUCCUUCGUUCGUAGUAGGCACGCACCAACCGAAGCCAGCAGGAGCAGCCCACCACGCCUUCCCCUCGCCUCGCUGCUCGGCGUUCCGUACCGUCCAUCCCCCGGACCCCAAAUCCGGCUUUCCCCCCGCAAACCAAGAGCUCCAGUUCCUCACGCCUCUCCAAUCCCUCCUCACACACCGGCCCUCCCCCUCCAGGCUCCAGGGCCUUCUCCGGCGACGCCAGCGCCGCCCCUAGCCGCGGUCCUUCACCGGCGACGCCAGCGCGGCCCGAAUCUAGGGUUCCCUUCUCCCGCCGCCGCCGCCGCCGGCCGGAUCGCGCCCAGAGGAGCCUCAGCGAUGCUGCCGUGCGCGAGGUCGGUGCUGCGGAGGAGGGGGCUGGCGUCUUCCGUCCUGCGGAGGUGCGGCGGGGAGGGCGAAUGCUCCACCGGCGCGGGGGAGCUGGUCGCCAAUGCCAGGUGUUCGAGCACGCUGGCCGCGAUCGUCGGCGGCGGCGGGCGCGUGCUCGAGCGCGGCGGCCGGUGGGCAUAUCCGCAGACCGGCGUGAUUGGCGCGGGGCGGAUGGCGCGCACGCAGACCAGGUGUUUCCUCGGGUGCGGCGACGGGGAGGAGGGGGGCGUGCUCUCCAAGGUCUAUGAGGAGAGGCGCGUGAUGGGGUACUCGCCGGAGCAGAUGUUUGCCGUUGUCGCGGCAGUGGACCUCUACGAGGACUUUGUGCCGUGGUGCCAGCGUUCCAGGAUUAUUAGGCGGCAUGACGAUGGCUCGUUUGAUGCUGAGCUCGAGAUUGGAUUCAAGUUCCUUGUUGAAAGCUAUGUCUCCCAUGUGGAGAUGGAGAAGCCCAGGUAUAUCAAGACGACAGCAUCUGAAAGUGGACUUUUUGAUCAUUUGAUAAACGUUUGGGAAUUUAAGCCUGGUCCUGUUCCAGGGACAUGUGACCUCUACUUCUUAGUCGAUUUUAAGUUUCAAUCACCACUUUAUCGUCAGGUUGCAUCGAUGUUCUUCAAGGAAGUUGUUUCACGACUAGUGAGCUCACUUAAUGACCGUUGUUUUAGAAUAUAUGGACCUGCUGUUCCAGUGCUUGAAAAUACUUAUGGACAAGGAAGAUGAAGCCGUUAUGAUUCAAUUUUGAAGGAUAUACCCUUCGCAGAUCCCUGGGGAUUCCUUGUAGUCAAGGCAUAAUCCUUCCUUUUAUGAUUGGCGGUAGUGCCAUUUAGGGCAUCGUCAGGCAAGAGGUUGUCUUAAGGAAAUUCAUCAGUUUUGAGUUUACAUUCAUGGCUAUUUCUGAGGUUAUUUUUUCAUCGAAUUAGUAAAUUUGUUCCCCAUGUAUAACAAAGGAAUGGCCAUUUCUCACGAUUAUUUACCCAGCCAUUCAGUCAAUCAGAUUCUGAUGUUCUGUCUGUCGAA